AAAGUUUCACUCCUCGAGUCUGAACAACACGGUCUUGGCCGUCCCGUCUCCCGGAUCCCACGAUCGACACCGAGCACCACCGUCGUCGGCUACCUCGUCGCCUUUUUUCUCUUUUAUUCUCCUCCGAUCGCCGCCGGACCUGGACCGGAUCUCGCUGCCUCCGUGCAGCACCAUAGUCGCCUCUGGUCUCUGCCGUCGCCGUCGUCGCCUCUACGUCGCCUUUGCCGUCUGCGUCGUUGUCUCUGUGACGAAGCUCGGCCGAGCGUAUGAGCUUCAUCGAGAUUUGGCAAUGGAGGGCUUCGAACUACGCCGCACGCUGAAAGCACCGGUGGUUUUGAAACAUCAGUUUCUUGUUUAAUUCUUAGUUUAGGCUAAGAUGGUGAAGCUGACAAUGAUAGCACGCGUUACUGAUGGCCUUCCUUUAGCAGAAGGGUUGGAUGAUGGCCACGAUCAGAAAGAUAUUGAAUUCUACAAACAGCAAGCAAAACUUUUAUUUAAGAACCUAUCUAGAGGACAAAAUGAGGCUUCGAGAAUGUCGAUCGAGACGGGUCCUUACUUUUUUCACUAUAUCAUCGAGGGUCAUGUUUGUUAUUUGACAAUGUGUGAUCGUUCUUAUCCAAAAAAACUUGCUUUUCAAUACCUAGAGGAUCUCAAGAAUGAGUUUGAGAGAGUUAAUGGAAAUCAAAUUGAAACUGCUGCAAGGCCAUAUGCUUUUAUCAAGUUUGAUACAUUCAUACAGAAGACUAAGAAAUUGUACUUGGAUACUCAUACCCAGCGUAACCUUGCAAAGCUGAAUGAUGAACUUUAUGAGGUCCACCAAAUAAUGACUCGCAAUGUUCAAGAAGUACUUGGUGUUGGUGAAAAACUAGAUCAGGUCAGUGAACUAUCAAGCAGGCUGACAUCUGAGUCUCGCAUCUAUGCUGACAAGGCAAGAGAUCUAAAUCGGCAGGCUUUGAUUCGGAAGUGGGCUCCAGUUGCUAUUGUGCUCGGAGUUGUCGUGCUUCUCUUCUGGGUCAAACAGAAGAUUUGGUGAUUUCGUAUAUUGGAAGGAUCAAAUAUGAUCCUCUUAUACCAACGUGUGUUUCCAGCUUGGUCAUGUCCAGACAAGCACACACCUGGGUGCAGUUCCUUUUCCCUGCCGCUGAGAGGACAAAAAAUCGGAUGAUAUGCCUAGGCUCUGCAAAUAUUAGUUGGCAGCUAAUAUUAGAUAUUCAAUCGAACUUUUUGUUACAAUAAUAAUAAUAAUAAUUGCUUGCGCAGACCUACUUUAUCAAGGCAGCUUAUCAGGGAAUAUUGUCAUUCCUGUGCUGAUACAUAUAGAACAGGUGUCGACAGGGUAGACAUUGUAUCACCAUAAUUGAUCUACUUGUAGCCUGGAUAUAUGAUUGAUAAAUCUUGAUGAGAUAUCAUGAUAUGAUUCCACAUUGUCAAA